AUGUCAAGCAGACACGACGGAAGAAGGCGGGAGCGCAGCUGGGAAAGAGAUGACAGGGACCGUGACCGGGGGAAGGAUCGUUCGUCACGAGGCAGCAGAGCUGGAGGUCAAAGGGAUGGCGGUCGUAAACGAGACAAUAGGUCCCGCAGUCCAAGGAGGGAUAGACAAGAUCAUGACAGCCAUCACAGAGAUAGAGAUUAUAAGAGCUCGCGAAGGGAGGACUACGACCGCGACAGCCGCCGAGAUGAUAGGCGGCCUGACAGACGUGAUGAGAGGCGCGAGCCUACCACUCGGGACAAGGAGCCAAGAGACAAGGACCUAGGGCAUCAACGUGACCACCGACAACCAGUUGGCAGGCAUGAUGCAGAGAGGCUUCCAGAAAAGCCUUCACAAGCAAGAACUCCACCUCCAGGCCCAUCUACUGAUGCUGGUCCCUCCUCUUCUCAAAGGAGACCCAACCUCGAUCCAGAUGCCCAAUCUGAAGAAGGGGAGACCAUGGAUGCCACUGACGCCGAUGAAGAGGCUAUGAUGGCUGCAAUGGGACUCAAAGGUUUUGGUACGACAAAGGGCAAACACGUCGAGGGCAACCAAGAAGGCACCGUCGAUAUCAAGAAGAUAAGGACAUGGCGUCAGUACAUGAAUCGUCGUGGAGGAUUCAACAGGCCACUGGAUAAAGUCAAGUGA